AUGGUGCUCCGGCUCACUAAGCCCCGCCCCCAGCAGGAACAAGCCCCGCCCACCCACGCACUUAAUACCCCAGUGAGCCACGCCCCUCUGCGUCACAGGCCACGCCCCACGCGCUGGGACCCCGCCCAAUGUUCGAGCCCCACCUCGUUCCUCCUCGGCUCCGCCCCCUCGCCGCCGUUCUCGCUCCCCCCCAUAUCUCGCGAUAUCGGUGCCCGGAAGCGGCAGCUGCGGCCCGAGCCGGCGCUGAGGGGCCCGCCCGCCAUGGAGGCCCCGCGGCCGCUGCUGCUGCUCCUGCUGCUCCUGGCGCUCUGCGCCGCCCGUGCCGCGGCAGAGACCUCACAAACGGAGACCGGCGAAUCGGGGGCAGCCGGGGCACCUGGAGGAGGUGACAACCAGGAAAACCAGAGCACAUCCCCAGAGAACAAAAACCAGCAGAAGGAUAAACUCAAAAAUGGCAACUCUGAAACAGGCACAAAUAGCGGGACCAGCAUGGAUGUGAACAAAAACAAGGACCAGAGCAACAAUCCAACUGCAAAUGACAACAAAGAGGACGAGGAGAAGAAGAAGAAGGAGUCACAGACAGCCAGCACCACGGAGGCUGCUCAGAAUGGCCAAAGUGCAGAUGGGACUAGUGAAAGCAACAAUGCAGGAGGCAAGGAACAAGGAAAUGAAGGCCAGAACAGCAGCGGUGGUAGCACAGCCAGCACAGACGGUGGUGGCACUGGUGGCCAGGACAACAAAGGCAGUGCCACUGGUGGCCAGGACAACACUGGCAGUGCCACUGGUGGCCAGGGCAACACAGGCAGCAACACUGGUGGCCAGGACAACACAGGCAGCAACACUGGUGGCCAGGGCAACACUGGCAGUGGCACUGGUGGCCAGGGCAACACAGCCAGUGGCACUGAGGGCGAGGGCAACACAGGCAGCAGCGCUGGUGGCCAGGGCAACACUGGCAGUGGCACUGGUGGCCAGAGUGGCAGCAGCAACAACAAUGGGCAGAGCGGAGACCAGAAGAGCCAGGACGACAAGCAGCCAGGCAGCUCUGGGAAAAAGGACACCAAGGGAGACGGAAGUGAGAAGGGCACGGCUGGCGACGGCACGAACAGCGACGGCAAGGACAACGAGAACACAAAUGGCAGCAACACCCAAAACGGCAACAAGGACCAGGACAGCAAGAAGGACCAGAGCACCAACCAGGGCAGCAAUGACAGGAACGGGGCUGGCACCCAGGACGGCAAGGGCAGUAGUGGGCACACAAACGGAGGCAGCAGUGGGCAGCAGGCCCAGGCUGAGACCCCGGGCAGUGCUGGUGAGAGCCAAGGCAGUGCUGGUGGCGAGCAGCCUCACAGCCAGGACAAUCCAAAGAACUCCCAGGAGGACCAAAGCCCUGUGUCACACUCCUCUCCCUCUGCUGUGGAGGACAACAGCUUUUUGGAAAAUGAAGAAAACCCUGCAGAGGACGAGGCUGAGGAGGGCAGUGACACCUCCUUGGAGCAGGAGACAGGGAACAGUGUUCCCUCCCUGCCCAGGGCCCGCUCAGAGAGCAGCCACUUCUUUGCCUACCUGGUGACCACAGCCGUUAUCGUUGCGGCCCUGUACGUGGCCUACCACAACAAACGGAAGAUCAUUGCUUUUGCUCUGGAAGGAAAAAGAUCAAAAACUGGUCGACGGCCCAAAUCUGGUGAUUAUCAGAGACUGGAUCAAAAGAUCUAGAUUCCUCCUCAGAUUAUGACAGCUGCCAAUGGGAACGCAGUGCUGCCACUGAUGGAUUUCAGUCCACGGGAAGGAGGGAAAACGCUUUCUGUUUUGCACCUGCACCUUGAUAAAACUUCUCACUUCCCUAACUGCUCCUUUCCCAGCUGCCUUGUUUUCCCCCUGGGUGUCUGGCUGCUGGAAAAGCCAGUCCCAGAACUGCACACCCAGAACUUCUGUGUCCCAAUGCAAUGGAAUUUGCCCUCUGCUGGACUGAUCCCUCCUUUUUGUGGGGGAAGUUAAGGAUCUGCUGCACAAUGAGCCACGGGACUGUCCCUUGCCUGGGAACGAAGCUGCCUUGGUCUCUCCCCUCUCCUUCUCCUCCAUCCAUUGGGUUUGGAUGCUCAAGUUGGGAGCAUGUGAGUUCUCUUGCACUUGUUUGGAAUUGACCCACCACAGCCUCAGAUUUGGGUUUUCUCUCCUUGAUCAGUUUUCAGAUUUCACACUCAGAUUCCCUUUCUCACACAUACCCUUGGCCAUGCUGAAGCAGUUUUUGUGGUGUAGCUCAAAGCCUUCAUGCUCUGUGCAGGUCCUUUCCCUCCCAGUGCUCCCAGUUCAGCUGUCUGCCCUGGGGGUGUUGGUUGUGGUACAGUGCUGUGGAGGAGGGGGUCAGCCUGGGGAAGCUCCGUGCCCUGUUGGGGUCAGGGAUUGUGAUGGGAAGAUUGCUUCCUCCCCCUUGUCAAGUGUAGGAAGGAAGGAAUAUAAAUCCCUGAGGAGUUUGGGGUGAGUGAAGCUCCCAGUCCCUGCAGAUGUGUUGGAUGGGUACUGCUCAGACCAAGGGCUGACACUGCUGAGGUGCUUUUCAUUCCUGUACUUCCACUCCCCAGAGGUUUGUUCAAGCUGGGAUGUUGCUGGAGAAGGCACAAAGUACCUGCUUGGCUCCUGCUUUGGAUUUUUCCAGUAUAGGCAGAAAAAAAUGGAAUAGAGGAACCCAGCUGUACCACAUCAGGUGCCAGGCACGUGCCAGUCCUGCACUUGCCAACUGACUGCACGGGAAGAAUGCCAGGAUGGUUAAAUUCCCUAAAUUCCCUCCUGGUGUUUUGUUUUUUUUCUCUGGCCUUCCCAGGCCUGGGAACAAUCAGCACCUUGCUCUUUGGUCACCUUGGACAAGGGCAGAGCCAUUUUCUGGUCACUGUGAAAGCUGCCGCUCUAGUUUUUACUUCCUAAUAGUUCAUUCCAAGAGGGGAGAGAGGGCUUGACCUUCUCCAAACCCUAAAAUCUUCCUUUGCCUUUUUUGCUGGCUGUUGGCAAGCACGAGGAGCACGAGAGUCCUUCUUGGCUUUAAAGAUUCUCAGAGUUUCCCUAGGAAACAUCUAGGAUGCUAAAAGGACUUCCAGGAGUUGUUUUGGAGAGCAGGAGGGUGGAGGGAAGAGAAAGGGAAACAGGACUGGGAAUGUAACUCUCAGGGGAAAGGGUGGGAGCAGCAAAUCACCCCGCUCCAGAGUUCCUGUGGGAUCAGCCAGGCUGGGGGGGCUGCUUCAGGGCAGGGUUGGGGAGGGGGACACAGGCUUUUGGCUGGUGACAGCAGGGGUACAAACCCUGUUCCAGUGUGUGGAAUUCUGUGUGCUCCUGGGCUGCUCCAGCCAGGAUUUUUUGGAUGUGUGCGCUUUUUGGAGUGUGAGUGCUCUAUGCUUGCUUUGUCCUGUUUUGGUUUUAAUUGAAUAAUAAUUUAGAAAGGUGGUGGGGUUUUUUUUUCCACCAUCCACUUAUUUUUCUAUCCUGGGAGCUGUUUCAAAUCCUCUCUUGCUCUAGGCUGUGGGAAUCCCACCCUGCUGCCAACAGGGGAGGGAAUAUUUUGGACCUCAAACAGCUCGAUCCCAGGCUGAGCCAAGCACAAGCUGCUUAGGGUAAUCAGGACACACCUCAUGGCUCUGGGAAGCGCUGGGUCUGGGGAGAAGCAGAUCUCACACCAGGCUGAACUCUGGGGCUUUUCCCCCAGAAUCUCCCUGCCAGCACUUUCUGGGGCUGCUGUGUUCUACCAACAGUGUGGGCUGCCCAAACCUCUGGCAAGUGGUUGCAGUUUGUUGAGUUUUAUGGUGUUUAUGCAACAUGUCCCAAAGGGGUCAAGGUGCACAGAACCUUUUCCCUUUGGACAUAUGUGUUUUCCAUGGAUGGUAUCAGUUGGUACAGAGGGUUUUUUGCCAAACACUCCCACUUUUUAGGCUUGAACCAGCAUAUGAUUUGUUUUCUGCUGCAGUGAAAUGCACCUUGCUUGGAAGGAUCAGAAUUUUUUACAGCUCUUUGUACUGUUUUUUUUUUUAUUUUGUGUGGUGAAGUCAGUAAAUGGAUUUAAAACUGGUUGAGUUUUCA